CUCUAUAGAGGGAGGGGAGGAGGGGACUCCAGCAGAGCGCCGCAGCCGCCGGGACGAGCACUCCAGCGCCUGCCCCGCGUCCCGCCAGCCGCCCCAGCAUGGACCUCCGAGCCCUGGCUCUGCUCGCCUUCGCCCUGGCGAUCAUCUCCCUCUCGGAGGAGAAACCCGUCAGCCUGACUUACCGAUGUCCCUGUCGAUUCUACGAGAGCAACGUGGCAAGAGCCAACAUUAAGCACCUCAAAAUCCUCUCCACACCCAACUGCUCACUUCAGAUUGUUGCAAGGCUCAAGAGCAACAGCAAGCAAGUGUGCAUUGAUCCCAAGAUAAAGUGGAUCCAGGAAUAUCUGGAGAAAGCUUUAAACAAGUAAGGCAAGAGACAAAUGGACUUAACAGCUAACAUCCUGAGUUAUUAAAGGGUAGAACAUUAAGGGCUGGCUUUUACCAUGUGGACAAAGUACUCGUGGAAUCAGAUAUUGUUUUGAAGAUGGGUUUGGAGUUGACCUAAUCUGUAUUAAAACAACAGCUUCUAGUAUAUCCUAAAUGUUAAACUAAGAGUUUUGCCAGGGUUUGAGGCAAGAUCUAUCCUAAUGAAUCUGUUCUGGGGUCCCCAACUCAUUCUUUUUUUUUAAAAAAAAGCCGUUCUCCCAAGGAAAACGCUUCCUUUAUGCCCCUACUUCCCCAAACCAAACUACAGUUACUUCAAAAUCUAUAUUGUUCCAGUUUCUUUGGAGCCCCUUUUCCAUGUUACAUUGGGGGUCUGUUUGCACAGGCAGCUGAGGCCUAGGAGGUCUUGGUGCUAAAAAUUGUUUCUCUGCUGGCCGGUGUGGAGUGCUAUUAAUAUCGGCCAAGGCAAGAUGCGCUGUCGUGAAUAAGGCUCUCCCACAAAGCCAGGGGAAAACCAGCCAUACUUGGCAAAUUCAGACUUUUAAAAUCUAUUUUUAUUCCCCUUGAAAGUGGGUGAUCAUGGCUACUGUGAGGUGGACCCAGCCUAUCUCAGUUCAAUUUUACAGUGAGCAAGAGCAGCUCAGAGAACCUAUCUAUGCUGAGUUGCAAGGGAGGGCUCCAGCCUUGCUGGGAUGGAAGAGGAGACGAGUGAUGGCACAAAGCAUUUCCUUGCUUGCCCAGGCCUCUGCAAUUGAUCCAGCAGUGGUAUUUUGGUCAGCAAGCCUACCUGUGCACUCAGUAUCCCUCCCACCUUUGCCACCACAUUCCCACCCCUCAGUAACCACGCUGUAACCGUGCUGAACCUUGCCCCCGCUGCAUCCGUAGGGUAAAGGCAGGGCUGGAAUCUAGUCAUUUGUAAAAGCAAUGCAUUCUUGGAGAAAUGUGGGGAAGGGUAUUGCCCCAGGGCAGAUGUGAGGCAGUACAGGUAGCUGAAUGCCCUCCACUGUUUGCUUUGCAAAUGUAUCUGCCAAACAACGGGUAGAGUUCAAAAGAAAAAGUCUUUGUUCCUCUGUAUUUUUACAAUAAGCGAGGGGAGAAAUGCUACCAGAGGUGAGAGAUUCCUCCAUGUGGCCCUUUUGGGAGCACGCUGGGGCCAAGAGUGAGGAGGAGGAGGGGAGGAAGCCAGCUAACAAACUGACUGUGAUUCCAGCCCUGACAGCUCUUCCCGUCUCAUCCAAUGCUCAGUGCCUUCUCUGCUGCCAGCACUCAGCUCUCUUGUCCUUUGGGCAAAUUCUCUGCAGGGGUAAUCCAGGUUAAUGCUGCCAGGAUGGCUUUGGAUUUAGGCACAACUGAACCUGAGAGCAGGAUGUGGCCCAUGCUGACUAUCCUAGGGGCUUGAGCUAUUUUGUUUUCCAACUUGGGAAAAUCCUCAAGCCCCUGCCUAAGUUUCUGUUUGCUGUCAGCCCCAAUGAAGCCCUUGGUUCUGUUCAUAAGACCUGAAAUUUAGGAGGCACUUAAGAAAUUUGUGGGGUUGGGCAAAUGUGAUUAUGUGCUCAGAUCCUGCCUGCUUGACUUAGGGAAACAACUCAGCUGGAACACAUUCUGCUCUCACUCAGUUCCACUGGUGAAGAUCUGGGGCCAGCUCUACUGAAAUCAGUGAGCCCAUGCCUGAUCUCCAGCCAGAUUCUGGGUUUUGUUUAACUAAUGCUAAUCCAGAAGCAAUUCUGCUAAUUUGGUGGAUUUCAUCCUGGUUUCCACUGAGUAACAGAAGAGAAUUUGGUCCCAGCUCUAUGAAAUAAGAUGAUAGAAAGCAUGUAUCUCCAUCACAUAAUCCUGUAAUCAUGGCAUUAUUUUCAUUUUCCAACUAGUAAUGCUAGCACCAGUGGCAUUUUCAUGCUCCACAGUCAGGGCUCUGCCAGUAGCAUUUUCACAAGGCAUGUUUUUGAUAUAUUUUAGUGCACAGCUUUGACUUCUUCAACGAAAUGUACUUUGGAAUAUAUUUAUAGCGCAUCAAACAAUUCAUAUAUUUGAAUUGGAGCCAUAUGAAUGUUGGUAGUUUAAAACACCGAUAUCCCUCUAAACUACUAACAGCUUGUAAAAUAAAUCUAUAUAGAUCUAUAAAUGUUAAUGUAGCUAUCAAUUUCAAUCAGCCAUAUAUUAUAUUUUUUCACUUGUACUGAAAUUGUAUGAAAUGUGACAUUACCCUAUAUGCACUAGCAAUAAAAUGGCUAAUUGUUUCAUGUUAUGAAAACCCAAUUGUACAUGGGAAUUUAUUUUUCUGGAAUAAAAUCAAUACGUUUUGUAGAAAGGGCUCUUGUAAUUGCUUAAGUAAAAUCCAAAGUGUCAAGACAUCUUAAUCUAUACCAGUGCUUCAAUAUAAGAGUAUCUUCUGUGUUAUAAUCUGCAGCUAAGGGCAAGGAAAAGUUCAUAGAAUAUAGCAGUCCAAUACAGUUGACUUUGAAACCAGAGAUGUUUUUUUAGUAGGGAAUUAUUUUGCUCACUAAUUUUGCUUAGCCUUUAUUAUUGCUUUAUAUUCAUCACAUCUCCAUGUAAUAUACAAACUUAUGAGACAUCAGUAAAAUACAUUCUGGCUGUCAGGAAACCAAAUUCCUUAACUGGCUUUAAAAAUCAUUGUGCAGCUGCUGUGGCCAACAUCAUUCAACAUUCAUUAAUUUUAUAGACAAGGGGCAAAUCAGUCCGUUCUUGAAAUAGCUAACAAAUCCUUUGUCACUUCCAGGCAAUCCCAGUCAUCAUUUACAGUCCAGCCUUGACUGCCUUUCCCUUCUCCCUUCAUGCAAGGAUAUGCAAAAUCAGCCCUUUGCAGAGUAAACAGACCAGAGAAUGAUCCUUGUCACGUUAAUAUAGUCCCACCUCAGAACCUCCCCUCAGCCCAAGAAGUUGGAGUUCAUUAAGCUCAGCUGCUACUGCAGGCACAGAUAAGAGAGCUGAUGGAUCUGGAGAAGAUAAAGUCAAACAGGAAAAACCUUUCCCCUGAACCCAUUGGAAGAAAGGAAAGGAAACUUCCAGCUUCUAGGGGCUGGCUGUGAUGGCAGCCAAGCCCUGCUGUUGCCUGCCUACAUAGUGCUUGUAAAUCCCGGUGUGGUACCUCUUCCUAAUUGCUAACCUCGUUUGUAAAUAAGGGCUGAAGUACAAGACACUAAAAUAACUUAUCUCCCGGUGCUCCACCAAGUGUGUGCUGGGUGAAUGUCUCACAUGGUGAGAGACAAUGCAGGCGAACAUCUUCACAGCCUUAUUCGAAGGCACUGAAUGCUUGCAAAUCCUAUGGAAUAGCCCCUGGUUCUUGUUUAUGUCAGUGGGAAUGCUGGGUGGGAAAAGCCAGAAAUCCAGCCUCCCUCUGCUUUCAUAGUACCUCAGGGGUUACCAUGUGGAUGGUGAGGCUCCUGGCUGACAAGUUCUGGCAGGCAUUUGGGGAGGCUUAGGUGUUUUGGGAAAAGAGUUGUUUUGGCCUCAGAAUUUGCAAAUGUCCUGUCACCAGGGCACUUUCAUUUGCCUAGUGUUCUUCUGAGGCAGAGGGUAUCUGAAAGGAGAUGAUCUUCAUUUGCACCCUGCCAGCAAGGUGUGAAGGGACCAUAGGAUAAAUGUGAAUAAGGCCUUUGUAUAUGGAUAAUUUAUGGCAGUCUUUUUGUAUUUUUCUUUUAAUUUAGACCACGUCAUCGCACUCAUAAAAAAAAGCAACAGAAGAAACGGGGCCCACGCUGCCCUUCCCGUGCAACACCACUAAAGUCUCCAGGGAGAAAGAAUGGUAGGAGGCAUUAGUUUCUGAGCUGGGAUACCUCAGGUUCAAGUCCCUGCUCUUCCACUGACCAUCCUAUGUGACCUUUGGCAAAUAUAUUAGCCUAUCCAGACCUCCAUUUUCCCCCAUAUUUGUUGAGGAUAACAAUUGUACCCUCCCUGCAAAGGGGUAAUACAUACAUAAAACUCUUAAAACAGGGGAAAAGUUCAGCCACAACAGAGGUGGGAAAAUUUUCCCAUUUUACAGAUAGGAAAAUGGGACACCCAAAGAGGCCAAAAUAAUCCCGAAGCAAAGCCAAAGUCAAAAACAGAGUAAAGGUUUGGAAGCCCCAUGUCUUUUAGCUGGCCGUAUUCCUCCAAAUCUAAAUUGACAGAGUUAAACUAUAAAUAACAGCUGGGAAUUUGUCACUGGUUUUUUUUAAUGACAAAUGCAGCACUGGGUGGUGACAACAUGUUUUGGUACAUUGGUGACUGGUUGACACCUCUCCUAUGGGAGAUGCUAGGCAAGUCCCAGAGAACGGUGUUAGAUAUACCAAUGCUCUGGAUGUCCUAGUUGGUUUUUUCCCACCAGUGUGGUGUGCCCUGCCUUUCUGCACCAAAAGAAGUAAGGUUACUGGUGUGGGAUAUUGGAAAAGAUAUCUUCAAAGAGGAAAAUUUUGCUCACGGCUUAGUCAUCCUCUUUAUGCUUGAAUGAGUUUUUCCGAGGCUACCUUCACUGAGAGUAGCCACAACUGUUUCUGGCUGUGAUCACACAAUCUUAGUUGUCCAGCAGGGAUGUCCAGAAAGGGAUGUUUGUUCUGGUCCUGUAGGCUAGACAAGACAUGCUGGGAUAUCAGGGUUUUUGAAUACCUGAUGUUUACCCUCUGACACUUGUAACUCAGCCUUAGUGACCUCGUCUAUAUUGCAAAAGGCUGAUCAGCCUGGAGCAGGAGUAGGGGUCACUUCAGACAAAACCUGGAGGCUACCAGCACAGACUGGCUCCUUGUUCUGAGAGAACCCUGCACACAACACACUUGCACUUUGCUGUGAUCCCUAACCCACCACUCUUCCUGGGUGCCAUGCUCCCACUGAGCAUGGGAGACUUGAUGUGUCUGCCUCCCACCCUGAGCUCCCUACCUCUGCACUUAAUCCCUCAUAUGUUUACUGAGCACCAUGUGGCUGCUCACCUUCCCUGUCACCCCACCUUCACUGAGCAGCUGGUCACCAUGACCUGUGAUGUGCUGCCCAGCUGCUCACAGCAGGUGAGGUCCCAAAGCAGGGAGGCCAUGAGGACAGUUCCUGGCUGGGCAGCAUGCUUGGGGGCCUUUGCUCUCCAGCCACCCAAUGGUGGGAGCUGAACACCAACAAGAGCACAGAAUGGGCUGUCCUCUGUGUUCCUCCAUCCUCACAGAGACCUGGCACCCUUGUAGACCCCCUGUGGAGCUGCAGUCCCUGAUCUCCAGUAGAGCCAUGGGGUAGGGGCCGGUAAAGGAGGCAUUCCCAGUGCCACUUUCUCCACUACUGGGGCUGCUCACGUAUGAUUAAUCCCUCCUUUCCCUGCUAAUUUUUUACCGAGUCUCUGUGCCCACCGAUAAUUCUCCGCUCCAGCUUUCAAGUCUAGAAUAAGCUUCCUAGCCAGCCUUCCUCCUAUGUUAGCUCUGACCACCUUACUAACUGUGAUGAGCACAACCUGCCCAAAAUAACUCCCAUUGCUGGGUUUGCCCUGCUGGGUCCCAGUACCUCCUUGUGGAGAACUUCCCCCAAAAUGUUUGGCAAAUACCAGUUGGAGGGACUGCAAAAGGAACUGCCUUUGGGUUUGUCCAGACACAGAUUUGCUGUUUGACUAGGCCUGAUAUCAAAGCUUUUGCAACUGAAAUAAACCUUAAUAGUGUUUCACUCUGUUCUUCAUCAACAGGAGGUUCAAGAUGUAAGAGGCAAGCAUUGUAAGCCGUCUACAGGAUUUCUUACUGUAGGACCCAGAGAGCAGAUAACCAGUAUUAGGGAAUGAAUACAUUUCAGUUAUCAUACAGCACAAAAGCAACGCUUCAUGCAUUUCCAAAGCUUUUUGUUUGGAGUUUUUUUGGUGGGUUUUGUUGGGGUUUUUUUGCACAAACUGGCUUGCUUUCACAGUGCUACUUUUAUAUAGUAAGAUGUAACUAUUUGAGAAAAAUGUUUUUAUACAGGUUGGUUUAUUACUUAGCACUGACGGCAGAUAUGUAUUUAAACUAACCCUAUGUUAUUAUAUGAUAUUUUAUUUCCUUGGCUAUGUAGAGGUCCUGCUUUAUUUAACUUUCUUUUGGUUCAUGCAAGUCUCCUGGAGUUUUAAACCUAGAAGGACAUGAACUGUACAGUGCAAUGAUGUUGUGCAAGUAGUGGAGGAAUUCCUUGCCUCCAGAAGUCAUCAAGGCCAAGAACAUAGGAAGGCUAAAAAGCAUCAGACAUUGAUGAAAGUGGACAGCAUUGUCAUGGGUGGCAUUUAUAGGUAUUUUGGGUGAGGGAUUAAACUCAAGCCUACAGGGCUAAAGCCCUUCUCUGAAGAUCAGAGACCUUGGUGACAACUAUGAGCAGCUGCGUCAAUGCACAUCUGGUAUUGCAAGUGCUAGUACUUGGUUUGUAGUAGUUGUGUGUGUUAGGAGCCACAGCACUGAUCUGAUGUCACCUGGCAUUACCUAUGUUCCUGUGUUUCUGAUGACAGAUUUUAGCACAAAAAGGAAUGGGUUAUUAAAGUUCUAACCGCACGAUCAUGUUGCAAAUUUCUGGAGGAGUCAGAUACACUACCAUGCACCAGGUGUCUCUUCCCACCCAUCCAGAGGAGAUGGCUUCAGUUUGCCUGGCUGGCAUUGCACUGAAGUAGGAAUAGAUGCAUUCACGUGACCCUUCACCAACGAUGCUGUAGCCUUGGCUACUGAACAGUCGCACACAGUCACAUGUACCUGAGGGCCGUAACAUCUUUGAUUGCUCUGAAGAUACCUAAAAGAGGAUGUCUGGGCAUGUCUUUGGAGAAAAGAGAUGCCUGGGGCAAGAGAGACUCUGCCCAGUUUGUGGAAAGAGUGGUGUUUCUUGGGUAUUGAAAUGAAGGCAAACACUCACCAUUCACCAGUGGUCAUGGCCCUGUUUGCUGGUGAACAGGAUAACCUCUGCAAUUGCCUUUGCGAAGUACCCCCAGGGACAGGUACCACUUCUUGCACCAAUCCCCUCCCUCAGCCAGAAAUUUCUUUCUCCCGAUUCCUGCCUAUAUAUGCCAUAUCUUUGCUAUAUAGUGUAUGGAAAGACACCUGCAGUACUGCGAUAAUCAUGUUACGCUGUGCACUGGGAUCUGGGGGGAAGCACAUUUGUGCGGCACAAGGCUUGUGUUUGUAUGUAUCUGUGUAUGUAUUGUAAACAAAAAAUAUUGUAAGACUAUUUUUUUUGAGCGAGUUGCUUCAGAAGGAAUCUUCCCUCUUCCCUGCAGCCUGUGUUGGGAACACCGAGAGGGGUGUUUCACUAAGCACUCCUUUUUGUGGUAGGCAUCUUUAGUGCCAAAGAAGCACUUUGGCUAGCCAGGGACUACCUUAUUUCCAUGUGGAUUCAGGUAAAAAUCUUGUAAGUAUUUUCCUCUCUGCAAAACAGUACUAUUACAGAGAGUGCUUCAGCUGGGACCACAUCACCUCAUUUGCUUUAAAGCAGAAACCAACUGCUGUGCCUGAAAUGUGUAUGUGUGUGAUUUUGACAUUUCUUCUAUUGUUCUUACCAGCCUGGUGCUUUAAGUAUAUUGUGUCUCUGUUUCAAAAGGUCUGGUACCACUGUAUUUGAUGAGAAUUGGAGUGUUGAUUUAAUGUGAGUAGGAUCAGAAUCUGUAUUGUAAAGCUAAAAACAGAAAGAACUUCUGAGAAAACUAGAGUUUCUUGUGUCUUUCCUGGACUGUACUUUAUAUCCUAGGGUCCAUCUACUGUCCCCACACAUGCACCUGCAAUUACUGGUGGUUUGGCAGAGACGAACAUGUGAGUGUCAAAGCCAAGAAUGACUUUGGGGAAAGUGUGGAAGAAUCUUGGCUCUGACACAGACAUGAGGCUUGUCCUUCCCAUCUAGGAAGGUACAUUCUUCCCAUCGAAGGACAGCUUGAGGUCUGAUCGAUUCCAAUUGGAGUAAAUGAAGAAUUAAAUAAUCCUCUAGUUUUGAUUCAACAGCAUACUCUCCUAAUGAUGAUAGAGGCCAUGAAGACUUUGUUUCUAGGGGUUUGCAGUGAAUAGAUGUGACUGUACAGCUUUCCCAGCUCUGCUGCAGUCAUUGUUAAACAGGGAGUGCAUCUGGGGUCAGCACCAGCUGGGAAAGGCUCCUGGGCACUUGCCAGCCAGCCCCACAUUACAGCCUGAGCAAGCAGACUACUUUGACAGAAGUAUUGAGAUGGGCAGUGCUGGAGCACCCCAGCCAAACCCUGUGGUCCCAGCUCUGGACAGUAUAGCCAGGUAGUGGAGGUACUGCAGGAAAUGGGGUCACCUGUCAACCUUCUCUUCUGGGGCAAACUAGUGGGUGUUGCAGGUGUAGACUGUACUAAAUGAAGGGCAUUUGCUCCUGGUAGAAAUCCGUGAGUAGCAGCAGGAAGGAAAGGGACUUCUUGUGAGGCUAGGGAACACUUACAGCCAGGUGGUGUUUGUCUGGGUGCCUUGUGGGCUGUCUGCCUCUGGCAUUUCUUCAGACUCACACUGUGACAUGGGCCCUGACACCACUGCGCUGGUGACGAUUCACUGCUCAUGUAGCUGAGACCACUUGGGGCACGGGGCUGCUCCCAGGGGCCAGCACCUGGACUUUCCCUUGCCUGGGCAAGGUUGAGCAUGGUGUGAAUGCAGGGGUGGCACAGACCUGGCCAGAAAUAACUGAAGACUUAAGUGACAACCUGAUAAAAGCUUUCUCUUACUUUAGACCAAAAUUCAACUUUCAACAGGAAGCUUUGCUUUUUGCCUUUAUUUGCAUGAUGCAUCAGGAAGGGCAGCACUUCACACUAGUGAAAUCAAUCACUUGGCUGCCCCAAGCUCCCUGUGCUAUGCUGUGCAUCGCACACUGUUCCUCCUGUGCACACCACAGUCUUAGCAGGCUGAGAAGCAGCACUAGCAGAAAACCUGUUCAGGGACAGCACCAGAUUUUCCUUUCUGCCUUUAACAGUUGACCAAAGACCGAAUCAGGGAAAGGAAGCAUGGGGAGAUGGGGGUGAUGUAGGGACCACAUGUGAAGAGAAGGAGGGAAAAGAGAUAACACUGAACUGGUGCUGAAAAAGCAGCUUCCAUAAAUGUGAAAUCGUCACGUGUGGUAUUUUCAAAGUGCAGCUGUUGAAUCCUAAGGUUGGAUUUUUUUUUUUAAAGAAUAGGUGGUAUUUAUUGCUGUGCCAAUUUUUUAUUUAUACUAGCUUUACACUUGUAUGUAUGAAUAUCUUAUCUUAAUUCUGCCUGAGGAAGGAUGAAGGGUGACUUAUUAAUGUGUUUUUAACUAAGGUGUUUGAGUAAAGGUGAUUGUUCAUUUUGCAAUGAAGGCUAUAUUCAAAGUUAAAUUACACAUUUAAUUGAAAAUGCAGUUCCUAUAGAAGGUUUUGUUGCUAUUUUCCCUUUCUUAACAUCUAGAGGGUCCUUCUUUUCUCUGGCAACUGGUUUUGAGUGAUGAGAUUUAUAGUAACCAGAGGUUUCUGAGAAUUCAUCAUCUAAAAUCUGAAUUUUUUGCUUUACCAACAUCCCACCAAGACAAGCCUUGUCUGCAGAGGCGAAACUCUGGUGACCACACAGAAGAAAGCGUAUAAUGAUGAAAGGGCUGCAUGAAACUCCCAUCUCCCACUCCUUAAGAACUCAGUGUUGUCAGAAUGUGGUAAAUACUGUACUUUAUAUUUUUAUUAAGUAAAAAGAAAUAUCUUCCCAAAUAAUGUGAAAAGGGUUUUGUAUUUGUGUUCCUGUAAGGCAGCUUUUAUGGAGGAGUUAUAUUACACUUUUGAAAUUACUCCUUUCAUAGAAUAUUUUGAAAACAAACACUUUUAUAUUGUUGUAAUUUCUCCCAUAAAUGUAUAUGCACUUAAAAUUUUCAUAAUAAAAAAUGUCUAUCUAAAUGAAA